CUUCGAAGGUAACUCAACGAACGAACAACCAGAACAACCCACAACCAGCCGACAACCGAUCGAACCAACAACCAAUCAACCAGCCCUCGUUUGGACCGUUAGUUUUCAAAAAACGUUUUUGCUCCCACAUUCAGGGACAUUUUCUCACCGUUUAAAAGUGUAGCAUACAUUUUUGCGCAAAACUUUUGCAAAACUGACUUUUCCAUUUAAUUGAAAAAGUUUUCGAAAUCGCAACAAUUUUCGUGUGUGAAAAAACAGUGAAAAAACAUUUAAAUCAAAAGAAACUUUACUCUGAAGAAAAACUAUAUUUGAUUGGUAGAAAAAACGAGUUUAAUCGUGCGUUUAAUUCAUUGAACACCGAAAUUCAUUUGAAUAAAUCUAUUUAAAAAACCUUUUUAUUCAAAAGCACACAGGUCCUCCAAUCAAAAGUUCCGCAAUGUUCCACUUCAAUCCCCAAUUGAGUCAAGGCAGUGCCUUGGCCCUCAUCUGCUGUCUGAUGAAUCUCCUGAUGAUGCACCAACCCACCAAUGCGGAGCUCUCGCCCGUCGUUCAAGCCGGUGGACCCAUCAGCAAUCUCUAUGAUAAUCUCCUUCAGCGGGAGUAUGCCGGACCCGUGGUCUUUCCCAAUCAUCAGGUCGAGCGCAAGGCUCAGCGCUCUCCCUCUCUGCGUCUACGCUUUGGUCGCAGCGAUCCGGAUAUGCUCAAUAAUAUCAUGGAGAAACGUUGGUUCGGCGACGUCAACCAGAAGCCCAUUCGAUCGCCAUCGCUGCGUCUGCGUUUUGGACGACGCGAUCCCACAUUGCCACAGAUGCGACGCACCGCCUAUGAUGAUCUCUUGGAGCGUGAAUUGACCCUCAACAACCAGCAGCAGCAGCAGCUAGGAGACACAGCUGACGAUCUCAGUGCCGACUAUGAUGGCCUUUACGAGCGUGUGGUGCGCAAGCCGCAGCGUCUUCGUUGGGGUCGCAGUGUGCCACAGUUUGAGGCAACCAAUGGAGAUAAUGAUCAGCUUUACAACUCUCUGUGGAACUCUGAGAAAAUGCGUCGCAUGCUUUUGGCUUUACAGCAGUAUGAGGCUGCUCCUGGACAUGUUGCAAGCUAUGCCAACGAUGGAGACGACACCGAUGCGCAACUGGAUGAAGAUACAUCGGAAUUCCAGCGUGAGGCACGCAAGCCAAUGCGUUUGCGUUGGGGUCGUAGCACUGGCAAGGCCCCAGCUACCGAACAGAAGAUUGAAACCUCUUCAAUUGCUCCCAAAAAUUAAAUAUUUAUUGCAGAUAUUUAUGGCCAAGGCGAAAGGAACUCCAAAGGACAAUGGCAAGGACAUCAAAUGAAGGGAACAUUGAAAGCUAGAAAAAUGGUCAAAAUAUCCCAAAGCCAAAAAAGAAACAGUUUUUGAGAAAAUUUUCAAAUAGAGAAGGACAGAGAGUGGAGAGAAUGUAGAGGCAGUGGAGAAGGUAGAAGCAGAGGCAACGGCUGAGAAAUACAUACAUAUAUAUAUAAUUAAAGAAACAUAUAUCUUCUAUAUAUAUACAUACAUAUAUACAAAAUAUGAUUAACCCAUUAAUGUCUAACAUUUCGUUUUUGAGCAGCAAAAAAAAAAACUUACUCGUAUAUAUAUUUGUCCAUGAAACUUUAACAAAAUGUCGUCGCGCAGGUAAAAAAGAAAAAGUAUCUAAAAGAUUAUAACGUUAAAAAAACUUAACAAAUUAAUUUGAAAAUAUAUUUAAAUUUUGGGUGGGUUUAUUGACAAAAAAUUGAAAAAUUAUGAAACUUUUUUGUUUUUCCAUUUUUAUUUUAAUUUUUCCUCAAAACCUCUCUAAAUUCCUAUUAUGCUCAAUAAAAACCAUUAAAGAAAAUUCCCCCAAACAAUUUCUAGCCUCAAGUGUAUAUACAAAAACAUGAAAACUUAAAAGCCCCUAAAACUUAGCGCAAAUUUGUUAUAAAAACAAAAGAAAAAUCUAUAAAAAAUA